UCUGCCUGCUGUCACACCUAUCAACCUGUCCGUAUUUUAUUCUUCUACGGAGCAAACCAGUCAUUUGGUUAAAUCUCUGCCAUCCAGUUGAAUUCACUUUUCGGCGUUUGCAGUGGUCAGCAUAUACGAACUAUUCAGCUAAGAGAUACACGCAGAAGAAAAUAUGAUAGCAAUACAGCAGUGUCUACGAAAGAGAAAUGUUCAGAUGGCUCGAAAACGAGCUGUGAAAGUGGUCCUACCGGAAAGACCGCUACGAGCUGGAGCGAAAGAAAUGUUUGAAAUCCACUUACGCAUUCCGGACGCUGUGGAAGUCGUGAACUCCGUUGUGGUUUUCGAGGGUCGCUGCCGCUCGGCGUUUUCCGGUCACGACUCGAUUCAUACCCUGAUCUCUAACAGGAUACCAGUUCCCAUUCAACAUUUCUUACUGCCAACUUCUAAGGGUACCAUGGUGUUAGCAGAAGGAUAUCAUCGACUGCCUAUGCUGUUGAUUCUUCCAUCAGAGCUACCAGGAUCAUUCAGUGGAAAAUACGGUGCCAUCGCCUAUCGAAUUGUUGCCAAGUUCACUGUUCGACGCUUUCCAUCCAGUGACGAAGCAAUGCUUGAGACGGAGAGUGAAGCGAUUGUUUGGGGUUCAACACCUACAAAUCCAAACUUACCUGCUAUCUCCAUUCAGAGGCAUCUACGAAAAAAGGCUCUCUGUUUCAAUCGACUCGACUGCAAUGUGUCUUUCGAAGUGGACAAAUCUGCCUUCAUAACCGGCGAACAUAUCCUGGUUACCGGUCACGUGAAGAAUAAUCACAGCACAAGUGUACUGAAGCAUGUUUCCAUCGAAUUACGUCAAAAAGUUCAGUACACAAGUGGCGAAGCGAAACGAUCGGACAAUCGCCUCAUAACUCGCUUGGUAUGCGGGUCAGUUGCACCCGCUGACACUCUGACACUCCACCAUUCCAUACAAGUCCCUCAUGACUGCUAUCCUUCUUUGGAAAGGAACAACAUCAGUGUCCACGUCAGCUACGAACUGUUGCUAACCUCGCUUGGUAACUUCACCGUCGACACACCCAUAAUGAUCGGCACUCGUGCCGGAUGCGCUUCGCCCCUCAGCAUCACUUCGGGCGAUAAGAGCAGCGCUUAUUACUGUGUGCCACCCUCCGAGUACGGUAACGGCGUUGAGGGACCGCCUCCAUACAGUACUCAUCCACAGCCCCGCCCCAUGUACAUACCCAUUCAUAUGCUCAAGACACCAUAUCGUCCAUUUAUGCCUGCCUACACGAUGCCACCGAUGUUUGCUCCGCCCCAGUACAAGGAAGAGCCACGAUUUUUGAAAAUCGAAGAAAUUACCGAUUAAGAUUUCAUUUAUCUCAUCAUUAUCAUGCAAUAUACGAGCCUGCUAUGUACUGUAUAAAUAA